AUGAACGAAUCCUCCGACGAGCCUCCUUUAGACCGUCCCGGCAUAUGGAAUCGUAUCAACGCCUUCGUCUCCCGUGCCACCGAGCGCCACGGUCCCUCUGGCCGUGAAAAAUCCGUCCUUCCAGUGACAAACGCGCCAUCAAAGCAGAAUGGCGGCCUUGCAGACACACACGCCGCGCGCCAGCCUCCGGUUGAGCUGCACCAGUCCAAGGACACAUCAUACAGCAAUGGCGACAGCUCUACGACCGACCCCGGACAGACAGUUUCGGUGGAUACGCAGGAUGGAGAGAAGAACUCCGCCCUAGAACGCAAACAGUCGUUGGCCUCAAGAUUCAUCACCUCUACCAAGUUGAUCUUGUUUUCUAGCUGGGUCAACGUACUCCUCGUCUUCGUGCCUAUUGGUAUCGCCCUGGGCGCCAUGGAAAAAAGCAUGGGCGACAGAAGCCCGGUCUCGCCCACCGUGAUCUUUGCUCUCAACGCCAUCGCUAUUAUCCCCCUGGCCUGGAUGCUUGGCUAUGCCACAGAAUGUGUUGCCUCCAACAUGGGUGACACCAUCGGCGCUUUGCUGAACGUGACCUUUGGCAACGCUGUUGAACUAAUCAUCUUCAUCAUCGCGCUGGUUGCAGAUGAAAUUUCCAUCGUACAGGCGUCUCUUCUCGGCUCUAUUCUGGCAAACCUGCUCCUGAUUUUAGGAAUGUGUUUUCUGUUUGGCGGACUUCGCUUCCGUGAGCAACUUUACAACUCCGCCGUUACCCAGAUGAGCGCCUGUCUCCUGAGUUUGAGUGUCAUUAGUCUACUCUUACCGACUGCUUUUCACGCCUCGUUCAGCACCAUCGCAAGUGCGGACGCUGCCGUUGUCAAAGUCAGUCGGGGCACCAGUGUUAUCCUACUUUUGGUGUACAUUUUGUAUCUAUUAUUCCAGCUCAAGUCUCACUCGUACAUUUACGAGAGCACGCCACAGUAUAAAAUUGACGAGGAAUCCCACCCCGGUGUCCUCGCCGAUAUCCUGAACUCAUCAUCUAGCUCGGAAUCCUCAGACGACAACGAUACCGAUGCCAGCUCGGGGUCUAAUACCACCGUCAAGAGGAUCAGAAACGCACUACGAAAGAAACGUCGUCGCAAGUCCAGUUCAGCCUCGAAAGAGUCUACCUCGGUUCGGUCUCCAUCCUUUGUCCGAACCGGUUCCUCUGGUUCUCAGGCCCUCGAGGACGGUUCGACAAAUAUUUCCGCAAUCAUUCCGAUUUCUGCACGCGAUGAGCCCGAAGCUGAGCGGUCGAUUGUUGCAGGCUCCUCCGCCGUAGUCUCGAGUCGUGACUUUGAAAGUGACAGACUGCCCUCGGCCGUGAAGAAGUCGAAACGCAAGUCUUCCCGGCGAUGGAAACACGCCAAACACUUGAAAUUCAAGGGAUACCGCGAUGAAAGCAGCGACGAGGACGUUCCGCCGCCACAGAUCGCCGUUGAUCCCGCUCCUCAACUUGAGGCGCCAUCGGCGGCUGAAUCCCAGCGACGCCCGUUCAACCUGCGUAACUUGCCAUACAAACCGGCGAUCUCUCGUGUUUUAAGCACCAACGUCUUCACCCCGGCUCAGACCCUGCAAGUACCUAACACGACUACAGCAUCCGGAAGCCAGCGUCCAGAUCUUCGCCGUACGAGCUCAUUGCCAGAUCGUCUCGAUGGCCAGGCUAUUGAUAAAAAGCCCAUCACUGCAGUUAUACCCUCUGCUCAACCUUUGCCUCAUUUGGUUUCCAAGAAGAGUGUGGAGCACAAGGAAGACAGCGACGAAAAGCCAAAACUUUCUCGUAGCGCGGCUUUGAUUCUGCUAUUGGUGACGACUGGCCUGGUUGCUGCAUGUGCCGAGUUCCUGGUUGAUUCGAUUGAUUAUCUUGUUAGUACUACUGGGGUCAGUCAAGCAUUUAUCGGUCUGAUUAUUUUGCCUAUUGUCGGGAAUGCCGCCGAGCACGUCACUGCCGUCACCGUCGCAAGCAAGAACAAAAUGGAUCUUGCCAUCGGAGUUGCUCUUGGAAGCAGCAUCCAGAUUGCGCUCUUUGUCACGCCGGUGAUCGUCCUCCUUGGAUGGAUUUUGGACAGGGAAAUGUCGCUCUACUUUAGUUUAUUCGAAACCGUGUCCUUGUUUGUUUCGGCCUUUAUUGUCAACUAUCUCAUGCUGGACGGCCGCAGCAACUACUUGGAGGGAGCCUUGCUCAUUGCGGCGUAUGUGAUUAUCGCAGUGGCGGCGUUCUUCUAUCCCUCUUGUGACGAUACCAGCACCGCCAAUGGCGGACCUCUCGAUGGUUCUUGUCGUUAA